UGCACCGUAAUGUUUCGAGAAAUGUUGUGCUGAGGUUGAAUAGGUUUCACGGAGCCAACUCGCUUUUUUCUUCUCUGAUACUUUAGCACACAUUGCAAAGCUUCAAGCGAUAUCUGCCUCAUGGCCAUAAUGUCACGUCACGAUCUCCGGAUUCCUCUCGGCAUUUCCAGGAGCCACACGUUGGAACAGGCUGGCCACAGAUUCGGUCGGACAAGAUGGACAAGUUGAAAGCCCUAGGAGAUGCUGCAUAUAUGCUGGGCAAUAGCUCUUCAAGAGAUGGGAAUUGCGCAGGUGCAUGUUCGCGGGACGUCGUAGGUGCCGUUGGCCAGCUAGGGGGGGAUUCACCGAGCACCACCAAUGAGGCCGUGAACAUUCUCAAUAACCUGGAUUCCAACAGUAUCAUUGCGUCUAUGCACACGUUCGUUAAAGUUCUGGAAGCCGUCGUCGCUGUUCACGCAUUUGUUGCAGUUGUUGUCAUCCCUUUGAAGGCCGUCGUACGUAAGGACCUCCAGCGACGGGUGAAUGAUCGGCGCACACUCUUACUGGUUCAUGGGAUGAUCAAGAUGAUGAGGCGGCUAGCUGAGCUCGAAUCUGUCAAACUGAACGAUACUCAAACAUUCACUUUAGCCGCCAUUCUCCGGGAGAUGGAGAGAGCGAUAGAAGACUGUAGGAUCGUUAUUGAACACUAUCUCAGGCGGAAGAAGAUAGUCCGCUUCGCGAAAGCGUCCUCGUGGCAAACGAAAUUCGACGAGUUCUCUGUACGGUUCUCGACGUUGGAAGGCGAACUUAACGAUGCCUUGCUGCUCGUCAUUCAUCGGAACACCUCCGAAUCCAGGCAGCUGAUGGAUGGACUUAAUUCAAAGUUGGAUGCGAUUUUGAAGUCGCUCGGUAAACCCACCGAAUUGGAGCGCAGCAUGGCUUGUUAUGUCGAUGCUGCUGGUGGCAUCGAAUGCUGUGUGGAGCAGGAUCAGAGGCUCGAGGAGCUGAUCGCCUUGUCUGAUGGGGUUGAUAUUGAUCAUGAUCCGAAGUCGCGACUUCAAGAAUACAAACAAGAGAUACAAUCUGCUCUUGCAACGCAGAUCGAGGUUCUGCUUCAGCGCAAUUCAGAAACUGUGACAGCGGAGCUAGGUCUCCGUACUGCCCAAGUUAAGAAAGACAUAGAGCUCUACGCGCAGCGCAUUAUAAAAAGACUAGAUUCUGGGCACCAUGAGCGGAUUAGUGACCCUUGCUUUCGGAGGAUUUGGCAAGACGCAACAUGGAGCGACCCGGUCCAAGGAAAGACGUUCAUUUGCACCAUCUGCGAGCAGAUCCGACUACAAGUGAUAUCUGGGUCGUCUGAGCUAUCCGCCGACAAAUGGGCAGUCCAGUUUCUCGAAUUAUCAUAUCAAAGCAGUCUACUGGAAGCGAUCAAUACAAGCCGUACUGGUUUUGUCAGCGUCGAUGAGAUCAACAAAUUCACAGAGAUGAAACCCCCACAGUUCACUCUCCCAGCCUGGCUGGCAUAUUCAGCUGCACGAUCUGGCUUCGAAUUAUUUCACUACAAGGGUGCUUUUAACUCAGUCGGAGAGUAUCUCAGGGCAGUGACCACCGUGAUCUGCGACACCUUAUUCGCCUCUUUGAACGUUCCUCCUAACCAGCGCCGCGAUGUGGAGGCGGAGCCUUGGCUUGUUGACCAGUUACGUUCGUUCAUGAAGGCCCGGGAUGCGAAACUCGUCGAAAGGCUCUCUGCCCUUCAUUGGAGGACCGAUGGAAAAUAGCUGCCGUAUUGGGAGACGCCCCCCUGGAACACGCGCUAUGUUGAUCUUGCAACAAAGUCCGACCCCUCUCAGGACGAAAGAGAGUACCUAGAGAGCGGAUGUGACAGGAUAUAUGAAAUUGCACAUGUGAUCAAUGAACGCGUUCUCUACUUCAACUCUUCGUUGGAUCAAAACCAGAUUCGUGUCCUGGCUUAUGGCAUCUUCUCCAGUUGGAAAACCCACCUUCCAGUUCCAAAUCUUCAGGACCCCGGGUGCGCAAGGGAAUCAAUUCCCGCGAAUAAACAACCUGGCGGGCUUGAGGAGCCCUGCAUUGGAAACAAUCCCAAGUCUUCACCGUUUACACA